AUGCCGACACUUGUUCAUGAAGCACAGCACACAGAGCCAGAGACAGAGACAAAAGAUUUUGAUUUGGACGGCUGGGCUGCUUCCUUUGACCUGAUCAUCAUGUCUGAGACGUUUUUGUUCACCUCGGAGUCGGUCGGUGAGGGCCACCCCGACAAGAUUUGCGAUCAGGUGUCGGACGCCGUGCUCGAUGCCUGCCUCAAGCAGGACCCCAACUCGCGUGUCGCCUGCGAGACGGCCAGCAAGACGGGCAUGAUCAUGGUCUUUGGUGAGAUCACCUCCAACGCCGUCAUUGACUACCAAAAGGUCAUUCGCGGUGCCAUCAAGGACAUUGGCUACGACUCGUCCGACAAGGGCUUUGACUACAAGACGUGCAACGUCCUCGUCGCCAUUGAGCAGCAGAGCGUCGACAUUUCCCAGGGCGUCGACAAGGAUGGCCGCGGCAAAACCGAGGAGAACAUUGGUGCCGGUGACCAGGGCAUCAUGUUUGGCUACGCCACCGACGAGACCCCCGAGUGCAUGCCCCUCACUUGCGUCCUCGCCCACAAGCUCAACCACCAGCUCGCCGUCUGCCGCCGCGACGGUACCCUCCCCUGGGCUCGCCCCGACACCAAGACCCAGGUCACCAUCGAGUACGAGCUCAAGGACGGCGCCACCAUCCCCAAGCGCGUUCACACCAUUGUCAUCUCCACCCAGCACUCGGAGGACGUGACCAACGAGCAGCUCCGCAAGGAUCUCCGCGAGAAGGUCAUCAACGUCGUCGUCCCCGCCGAGCUCAUGGAUGACAAGACCGUCUUCCAUCUCCAGCCCUCGGGCCGCUUCGUCAUUGGUGGUCCCCAGGGUGAUGCCGGUCUCACCGGCCGCAAGAUCAUCGUCGAUACCUACGGUGGUUGGGGCGCCCACGGUGGUGGCGCCUUCUCCGGCAAGGAUUACUCCAAGGUCGAUCGCUCCGCCGCCUACGCCGCCCGCUGGGUCGCCAAGUCCCUCGUCAAGGCCGGCCUCGUCAAGCGCGUCCUCGUCCAGGUCUCGUACGCCAUUGGUGUCGCUGAACCCAUCUCCCUCUUUGUCGAUGACUACGGCACCGGCUCCAAGUCCAAGGAAGAGCUCCUCGAAAUUGUCAAGAACAACUUUGACCUCCGCCCCGGUGUCAUUGUCCGCGACCUCGACAUGCGCAAGCCCAUCUUCUACGAGACCGCCAAGUACGGCCACUUUGGCCGCGACCAGUUCACCUGGGAGCAGGCCAAGGAGCUCAAGUAUUAAGCAAACCACACAAGCUGGCUAAACCAUCAACCCCGAUCAGCGUCAUGUCGACUCGCCGCUGUUGCAUGCAACCUCCACUUCCUUUUCUUAUCCAUCUCUUUCCCCUCCUUCUCCUCUCUCCGAGGCUGACCUCCUCUGACGGGGUUUAGCUUGCGUUUUUGCUUUUUGGCUUUGCUGUCCUUGCUCUUUCUUCUUUGUCGCCCAACGCCCUAACGCCCACCGUUUGCCUUUAGCCGCAAACCGUGGGCCUGCUUGUCCUAGUAUCUUGUGUUUUCCUGCUUCAUGUUUUGCUCUACGUCGGUCGAUCCCCCAGGCACACGAUGCACUGCGGGUUGAUCCCGAUGUGUUGCCGGCCCCGAGGUUGGGGUGUUAUCCCUUGUUCUCUUGUGUGCUAUUUUCCCUAACCCCCGACCUUGGUUCCAGUCUGCUUCUUUCCUUGCUCUCCUUUCUACCUUUUUUCUCUUCUCUGGCACUGCUGCUUCCUGUGGCCGAGCUUUUCUCGGUGCGUUUUUUUUUUUCUUAAACUUGCGGACCCACGCCGCCCGAGUCAAGCGCCCCAGUUGCUGCAGAGUCUUCUUUUUUUUUUUUUUUUUUCUUCUUGUUUGCCAUGCAAUCAAAUUGAAUUCUUUCCCU